AAGGGUUUGCGAGGAGUAUUUCAGAAAAUGUAUCAGACCUGAAGCAAAGAAAAUCUGGGAUUUUAUAGCACUUUCUUCAAAUUGACCUCUCAGAAAACAGGACCGUCAUCUUCUCAACCUUGUGACUGGAAUCUACAUCUUCAGUUUUCUGACUGACAACCCUGCGGAGCACACGGUACGUUUAAUUCUUCAGCGUUUCAUUCGAACUCAUUUUAAUCAACAUGUGCACGCCACAGCCCGUCUGCCCUGCCAAUGCCACCAUAUGCUCGGGCAAAUCCUGCCUCAUGCCCCCUAAUAAAUUCAAUGAAGUCCUUGGGGUUGUAAUGAGCAUCGUGAUGACCGUCAUGCUCGCCAUGGUGAUGUUUUCAAUGGGUUGCACUGUUGAAGCCAAAAAACUUUGGGGACACAUUCGCAGACCUUGGGGCAUUUUCAUCGGAUUCUUGUGCCAGUUCGGCAUCAUGCCUUUUACAGCCUUCGCACUCUCUCUGGCAUUCAAUGUGCUUCCCAUUCAGGCUGUAGUCAUUGUUAUUAUGGGAUGUUGUCCUGGAGGUUCCAGCUCGAAUAUUAUCUGCUACUGGCUCGAUGGGGAUAUGGACCUAAGUAUCAGCAUGACCGCAUGUUCUUCAAUCCUGGCGCUGGGCAUGAUGCCUCUUUGUUUGUUGGUCUACACCUCAAUCUGGACGUCAGCUGAUUCUCUCCAAAUCCCUUAUGAAAGCAUUGGCAUCACACUCGUGAGCUUACUUGUGCCAGUCGGUUUGGGAAUGUUAGUGAAAAGCAAGUGGCCAGAAAUAGCAAAAAAGAUUCUCAAAGUUGGAUCACUGGUAGGGAUCAUCCUCAUCGUCGUCAUUGCAGUCAUAGGUGGUGUGCUGUAUCAGUCCUCGUGGGUCAUUGCUCCUUCUCUUUGGAUCAUUGGUACCAUUUAUCCCCUUAUCGGAUUUGGUCUGGGAUUUCUGCUGGCUCGCUUUGUUGGACAACCUUGGUACAGGUGUCGCACCAUCGCAUUAGAAACUGGAAUGCAGAAUUCCCAGCUGUGCAGCACAAUAACUCAGCUGUCCUUCUCUCAGGCUGAGCUUGACCUCAUGUUCGCCUUCCCCUUAAUCUACAGUAUCUUCCAGCUGGUCGUGGCCGGGUUUGCGGUUGGAGCUUAUUACUCAAUUAAGCAUUACACGAAGAAGUCAGUGGAGACUGAUGGGGAAAGUGCACUGAGCAGUAAUGGUUCUGGAUCUUUAAAGAAGCAGGAUUUGGCUUUGGACAAUGGUGUCUUUCAGUGUGAUGACAAUGGCAACACUGAGGGAAAAGGCAAAGGUACACAGUUGUGAGCUACACAGAGGAAAUAUUGACUGUCUCUUGUCAGACAGAAUGAACUUCGAGUUCACAUAAUUUAAUUUAUCUUCAUGCAAGCUAUUGAAGUAUUGAUAAUCUUGCACAACCAAAGUAAAAUGUCAACCCUUGACCAUAAAAGUCCUAAAACUUGUUUUUAUGAUAACUCUACCCACAAGUAUGUGAACAGUUAAGUAUGCUGCCUGUUUAUUGCUUACUGUAAAAUACUUUUAUUUGUGACAAUAUACUGUGUAAAUGACCAUACAGUAUAUAAAGCUUUUUCUCAAGUAUCUUUUAAUAACUCAAUUGUAUUUCAGAGAUAAUAUUGGUGAUUCCAAAGCAUGAACAUAACUUCUAAUUACUCUGUACAUGUUGUACAAAAGAUCCUUAAAUUAAGAAAACAUACCAGCUGGUUGAAUUAAGUUAAUUAUUCAAUUGUUAUUGUGCUUUGUAUACAUAAAAUCAUAAUGGAACUUUUAUAAAUGUUUUGCUUUCUAUAUUAUUUAUGUAUUAAAAUCUUUUUUAUCAAAAACACAAAAGGAGAUUCCUUUUCAAAGUAUUGUUUUACAGCAUUCCAAAAUUUAGAUUUCAAGUAUUUAUUUGUAUCUUAUUAAUAUUUAUAUGCAUGUGAAUAAACUAAUAUCUCAAGUACAUGAUGCCACGUUUUGAACUAGCAGACUUUGAGCUUUUUAUAUAUCAUAAAAUAGUCUUAGAUAAUUACCCAAAGUCUAUUUUAUUGAGCCUGUAUUAUAAUGCUGUUUAUGACUC